AUGUGUCCGACUCGAUACGUGUCAAAUGUUCUUUCAUGGAAUCAGCGCCCGCCUCUGCCCCGCCUCUGCCCCCGGCUCUGUCCCCGGCUCUGCCCUGGCUCUGCCCCCGGCUCUGCCCCCGGCUCUGUCCCCGGCUCUGCCCUGGCUCUGCCCCCGGCUCUGCCCCCGGCUCUGCCCCCGGCUCUGUCCCCGGCUCUGCCCCCGGCUCUGUCCCCGGCUCUGCCCCCGGCUCUGCCCCCGGCUCUGUCCCCGGCUCUGCCCCCGGCUCUGCCCCCGGCUCUGCCCCCGGCUCUGCUCCCGGCUCUGUCCCCGGCUCUGCCCUGCCUCUGCCCUGCCUCUGCCCCGGCUCUGUCCCCGGCUCUGUCCCCGGCUCUGCCCUGCCUCUGCCCUGCCUCUGCCCCGGCUCUGCCCUCGGCUCUGCCCCCGGCUCUGCCCCCGGCUCUGUCCCCGGCUCUGCCCUGGCUCUACCCUGCCUCUGCCCCGGCUCUGCCCCCGGCUCUGUCCCCGGCUCUGCUAUGCCCCCGGCUCUGCCCCGGCUGCGGACGCUCAUUAAAAUGGUAUUUGAGUUGUAGAAUUUAUUUGGGGACAUAG